UAAAUUGCGAACUAUGAAUUCGGGAUGAAUCAUGGGCAAUCUUUUCUCAUCCAGACUCCAUGGCAAGGACCAAAAGCCAGAAGUGGACGUGAGAAAUGACUCAAGUGAGGACAAUGAAGACAGUGAUGGUGAUGAUGAUGUCCGAUACGAUGGACCGCUGGAUCUUAAUCAGAUCGUCUUGUUGCAUUGCCACCGUGGACGGAGAUGCGGUCACUCCAAGAACAGAAAGAAUUUGGCACUGCAAGAAGGUACGGCAGGGUCCUUCGAUGAUACAUAUUUUCCAGCAUCCAUUGACGUGGAAGCAUCCAAGAGUAUUCAGGAUGGAAAUGAUGCAACAAACACCACCUCUGCCAUUCCAAGGAGGACAAAAUCUCCUGCAUGUCCUGACUCCGAUGUUGAAGUUGAGACCAUUCAUGGCAAGACGGCAGAGAAUCAGAACUCGAGAGGGUCGGAUGCUUGUGACACCGAGACCGUUGAUCGAGAAAGUGAGAGCCUUGCUUCAGAACCAGUGCAAUGUUGCAGUCGUGACAGAGAGCAAAAACUCGAUGUUGUAGCAAUGCGGGCAUCCAGCAAACCCUUGGCAUGGGAGAUUGAUAUGACUGACCUCGCAGUUCCCAAAGACUUGAAGAGAAAAAACUCUGCUAAAGGAGUUGCUAGGAAGGUUCCAAAGAAAGAUAUCUCUUCAGCUACAACAAGCCCUAGACAAGACCAAUACAUCCCUCCAACCGUCACCGUAACAACCGCAAUGCUGGCAGAGAGGAAGGUUCUAGAUCAAAGACGAUGGUUCUGCAUGUCUAGGCCUCAGUACAGCAAGUCCUGUGGCCUGUCCUCGUUAGUCUCCUGUUGGAACUAUUUGUUUUCCACCCUGGGUGCUGGUAGUCGUCCCCCGAUCACUCAAGAAGAGGCCCUGACAGUACUUGGAUUCCAACCUCCAUUUGGUGACAUCCGAUUUGGACCGUUCACUGGAAAUGGGACACUAAUGAGGUGGUUUCGAAAACUGAACAACCAUUACGGAACCCGUGGUAAAUCUUACCACAUGUACAAGCCGGUCGGCAAAGCUCGUACCGUGGGGCGGACGUCGGAAGAAGCCUUGAGGCUGUUGAAGGAUGGACUACUUGAUUCAGGGACCACCUUCAUCUAUCACUGCUGGAAUCACUACUUCUGUCCGGUGGGAUUUGAGGAGGUCCCCAAGAAGGCCAUUGAUGUCUUCAGGGGACCCCUGUCUGAAGACGAGGUAGAUACUUGGAUCUUAGUUGCUGAUCCAAGUCGCAAACACCCCGGAAUUCAUUGCUUCAGGUGGGAGGACAUCUCAAUGGAUCUUCACUGUAAGAGCCCUGAGUGCCUCAACAUCCGCAAGCUCCAUCUUGGCAUCCAGACGAGAAAGACCAAGAGAGUGGGUGGCAACCUCCACUGCCUAAUGGCAUUCAGGAGGAGCAACUUGGAGGCACCCUCGAGGAUGCUGGAUGGAAGAUGCCGAAGAGAAAAGGGAAAGUCGAAAGAGACCGGUGUAGGCUGGGUGUCACGCAUCAGAGGUUGGGAUGAGAAGCUACAAGCGAGAGGCUGUGAGGAGGAGACUAGGAUCCUUCAAAUGAGAGGUUAUCAUGAGGUGGAUGUAAGGUUCAAGACAGACGAUGAUGAGGCAUACCAGCACGUGAAGAUUGAAAGUCCAGCGGACCAAAACAAGGAGUCUAUAAUGGGUACUUACGAGGAGGGGAGUGAGGUUUUACAUGAGGUUUCCGUGGGGCUUCAGAGUGGAAAUGGGGUGGCUAGGAUUGAUCAGGAUGCCAGUAAGCUGAACGGGAGGUCACUUAUUGAGGAGCAGACAGAUGAUGGUGAAAGUGGGGAAGACUUAGAGGAAAGCAACACUGACUCCGGUGAGGAGUAAGAGGUUGAGAUCGUUUGAAGGGAUCAAUCUUUCCAUCCCAAUCUUCCUCUGCUUUGAAAAUGUUUCAGCAGGGAUCAAGUAAUGCCUUCCGACUUUUAUAACCGGUGCCAUUCCAAACAUACAUGUAGCAGCUGGUUUCUACAUGUUCAUGUAAUCAGAAUAUGUACACUCCGUCCAAUGAGGUUUCAGGCCACGUGUUCUUUCAGACAUUUUAUUUUGAAAGCCAUCUUGUUUGCUACUCUCAACACCUUGAAUCAUGACUUUCUUUGCCUCAAGUAUUCAGAGGUUGGCUUUCGAUCGUCCUUAAAUUGCCUUAUUUAUCAUUUGCAUGUGUUAUGCCAGUUAUGUAUAUUCAGUUUUGAUUCAUGAAUUUUGUGUGGUUUGUGGUAAACGUAUGAAUAAACAGAUCUUGAUUUAAUUCUUCAAGUUAAAGUACAGAAACAUGUAGACUGAUGUUCUUCAUGAGAGAUCAACUUUUAACAUUGUGUGUGUGUGUGUGUGUGUGUGAAAUCUUGUGUUUUUAAGCAUCUAGAUGUAUUUGUAUGUAAAACUUUUUGGACCAAAGUUGUGAAUUAUGUACAAAAAGACAGUUUUUAAAUAAAGUUGCCUAAAAAUAA